AUCACUCGAGACACACGUGAUUUGUCAAUACAAAUUCUUAUUAAAUCGCGCUCGUCCGGACGUGUCACGUGCGAAUACAUAAUGCGACGCGCGAGUGCGAAAGGGAGCAGCGAGUGAAAACGGACCGACUGGGUCAGCCCGGUAGGGACAUCGUGCGCGAAGAUGUCCCUGUAGAUCGUGCUCGUCGAGUGUCCGGUGAUUUAAUUCGACAAGAUCAACCUCUCAGAAUCUGACAUUUCCAUCGGACAACAUCGAGCCGACCGCGACUUAUCAUCAAGGACAAUCGCGUGGAAGAUCGUUGAACGCAGAUUAACGGGUCUAGAACGAUCGAAUCGAUUGAAAUGUACGCGGCGAUUCUGCGACUAACGAUCGAGACGGUAUUCAACGAGCAUAAAUGUGGAGUCGCUUGAGGACGCUCCAAGGUAAUACCAAGGUUUGCAGGAUUCCUCCUAAACUCCUCGUGGACGUCAAGUGUUGAUUGAUACCGUUGAAUAAUCGAUGUACCAAUGCCGCGAAACGAUCCACGAUGGCCGUCGGUCGUCGCGCUGUCAGGUGACAGUCGUCGCGUGCCGAUCGGAGAAAUUGGCGCCGACCCGUGCACGGAAGAUGGAACUAAGAACUCGCAUUCGUGCGUCCGCGUGGAGUACUAAGGGCUGAAGUUUCAAAGUUCCGGUGGCCUAUUUCGGCUCUGUCCUCCAGACGGAAGGCGCGCGAGGAUGUUCGAGAGAUGACUGGGUAUUGAGGAGGAGAGGGCGCAGUGACUUUGAAGGUUGCUGCCACCUCGGUUUGAUGGAAUGGAGAUGAACGGCACCGAAAGCAGCCUGAACGGCACUGAGGUCAAUCGUACUUCUGCGCCAAUCUUCACUAUUGGCACGGAUUUUAUCACACAAUGGAAGCUAAAGAGACAACGAGAGCGUCUAUGUCGGUACGUGUACAACCAGAUUUUGACAGCAGAAUGUACCCAGUUAAAUAGAACAUGGCCUGACCCGGAUGACCCGCGCUGGAACAGCGGUGAAUACGCGGAACUUCUGCCCGACUGGUUCCCGACGAACGCGACGAAUAUCUCGGCUUUCGGAAAUGCAACGACUUCGUCGACGUUGGAUAUAUCUCUGACACCCGUUUUGCCACCAUUCACGCUCUGGCAGACGAUCUUGAUUGCUAUCUGUCUGGCAAUAUGCAUACUGCUAACUAUUGGCGGUAAUAUCCUCGUUCUUCUGGCAUUCAUUGUAGACAGAGCCAUCAGACAACCAAGUAAUUAUUUCAUCGCGUCAUUAGCUGCCACUGAUAUGCUUAUCGGCACCGUGUCGAUGCCAUUCUACACGGUCUACGUGCUAAUGGGAUAUUGGAAUCUAGGACCUCUUCUCUGCGAUCUAUGGCUGUCAGUGGAUUAUACGGUAUGUCUGGUGUCUCAGUACACCGUUCUGUUAAUCACAAUCGAUCGAUUCUGCUCGGUAAAGAUAGCUGCGCAGUAUCGCAGCUGGCGGACGAAGCAGCGCGUAAUCUGGAUGGUAACUAUCACCUGGAUCAUACCGGCGCUACUGUUUUUCAUCAGCAUCUUCGGCUGGGAGCAUUUCAUCGGUUACAGAGAUUUAAACCCAGGCCAAUGUGCCGUACAGUUCCUCAAGGAUCCGGUGUUCAACACCGCCCUGAUAAUCGGAUAUUAUUGGACAACAUUGAUUGUCUUGUUCAUUCUUUACGGCGGCAUAUACAAGACCGCUUACGACAUGCAGAAGAAGAGCGAGGCUAAGCAGCGCAAGAUGCAAUCGAUGGUCGCGUUGAGUGCCGGCGCAAUGUCCGGUAUGGCCGGUCGUGCCGCCGGUAUAGGUAUUUCCAAGACUCAGAGCACCUUGUUGAGCCAGGACAAGCCGAAGAUCGGUGUCACAUCGAUGGACGAUGAUGCCGCUGGCGCGGACGCGACGGCUACGCAGAAAACGGUCACAAAGACAGCCGAUGCCGUCGGAUGCGCACCGGAUGCCGCAAAUAAGAAUGUCAUCGCGAACAUCACGGUGAUGGAAACUGAAAAAUCCGAACGCUCCAGCAGCCCCGCGUUUGAUUCUGACGAGGAGAGCACCGUUGGCACCUCUCAGCAGCUCAACACCAUUAGAAAACGAUCCUCGUUGGCGGGUUUGGUAGCCCAGUCCGGCGCUCUUCAGGUUUUCGCCGCCAACGGACGCCUAAACGGCAUCGUGCCAGUCAAGGUCGAGCUGAGUGUGCCAACGGCGAGGAGAUUGUUGCCGACGAGUCCUACGCGCGACAUGGCGACACAAAAAGCUCAAACACUGCCCAAGAUACAGGAGUUGAAUUUCCUGGACACCGACAAUCCCGUCGAGCCCGACAAAUCCAGCAGUCGUACGCUGACACCCGAACAGUCCUUAAAAUCGAACGAUGCCGAUGGCAAUCAACAAUCGACUCCCUCGGUCGAGGCGACGCCGCUUGCUCAACUUAAACGUGCGUCGAUCAAUAGCGUUCAACAGAACAUCAUACCGCCGCCUACGCAGUUCCAGAGUAGCCCGCCCGUGUCGGACAGUCCGACGACGUCUUCGUCAACCGACAGACCCAAAUCGUUGAUCGUACGUUCCUACGGUCAAGGUACAUACGAUAUCCUCACCGGUCUUGACGGCGGUGAUCUGCGAUACAUGGACGAGAGUUCCAUCAUUCUGCCUAGUCCUUCUUAUGAGAGUCCACCGUCUUCCUUCUCUUGCAGUUUGGCGAAUCCACUGUCAACAGCACCUCCAUCGCCCAUUCUGGGUAACGCCAUGGCAGCCGGCGCGAGCACUAGUUUAUUACAAACUGCUCUUAUCAGAGCAACGGCACAGCAAGCUGGUACCAGUCAACUAGUGCAGAUCGCGCAAAACAAACAGCAUCAUCAACCAACAAUGUCGAACGCAUCAAGUCAAACGCAUCCGCCGCGCGUGUUCAUCACACAUCAAACCAACGUCGCGUCGCAGACGUCGCCCACUGUCAGCAAGGUACACACGGAAGUCUCUGUCAACGUCGACAAGACAAAGCGUCAACCCGUUACAACGGUGGUCACAACGGCCAUAGCUGUGCCGCUGGAUUCGUCUAACAGCCCGACGGAUCGAUUCUCGGAUCAGCCUACCAAAGCGAGUAGUAAUCCACCACAAAACUCGUCGUCUAGCAGCAUAAUGCCGACGGCCUCGGCUACAAACAGUCAGGAAACAAAGAUCCAGUCUAAAAAGAAGGAAACCACAUCAGACGUGGAGCUAAACGGUUCCAGACGGGAUUUCGUCAAGUCCAUCGGAAAACGAUUGAAGGCUAAGACGCAGAAGAAGGAUCUCACAAUAGGUCGGCAGAAAUCUCGAACGGAAAACAGGGCGCGUAAGGCCUUUCGUACAAUAUCCUUCAUUUUAGGCGCGUUCGUCGCUUGCUGGACCCCUUAUCACAUAUUAGCGCUGGUGGAGGGAUUCUGUGCAAAUCCACCGUGUACGAACGAGCAUCUCUUCAUGUUCUCAUAUUUUCUGUGCUACGCCAAUAGUCCUAUGAAUCCAUUUUGCUAUGCUUUGGCGAAUCAGCAGUUCAAGAAAACCUUCACCAGGAUACUGAGAGGUGAUCUGCAUAUGACGUAAGGCACCGCGAAUUGUUCGAGGAUACUCUUGUCUCGAUAAUGUAGCUAAUUGUACACGGACACUUUUUGCAGAAAAGAUGGCCUUCCAUACUUGAUAUUGAAUUAUACUCAUACAUCUAUAAAAUUGUGUUGAACUUCGGACAAUAAUAAAAUGAGAAUAAUAUGUUAAGACUCGCCGGCAAAGUCGGAUGUUACCCGCCUUUUGUACAUAAUGUAUCGUUAGCGCGCACAAGCUGAUCAAAAAUCAUAUUCGUAUGUAUUGUAUAUAUGCCGUGUAUACAUGCGUGAAUAUAUUUGUUAAUGUGUGUAAUCUGUAAUGUGCUGAAAAUGUGCGCGUAGGCAUACAUGUACAAGUAGUGUUAAGCAAACUUAUAUGUGUAUUAUUAUAAUAAACACGUUGAUCUGAAUCGAAUGCAUUCCUAAUACUUGCGAUUCAAACGGAAUAACGAUUCGUAUGUUAAUACCGUAAAGAGAGCUUGCGAUAUUUAACGCUACGUAGGACGCACGUUACAUAAUUAAAAUAAUAUAAUAAUGAAGUUAAGUAGUAAGUUAUAGCCGUAUAAACGAACGAAAAUAUCGUUUAUCACGAAAGACGAAGAGUGAUGAUAUUAAGUAUAUAAAAGACAUUACCCGACUAUAUAUUAUAAAACACUUUGCCGUUUUGAAUAGAUAACCGUUAUGCAGUAAUCGUAGAAUGUUAUCACGGUACGUUAUAUAUUAAUUUUCGUCUCAAAUAUUUCACGUAUUAUUUAGCAUGUUAUAUUUUUUUACAAACAACGAAUCAGCUCGAGGUAGCUCGUCUUGUAGAAGUACCGGGCAAUUGACGAUUUUCUUAUGGCUCUCGCGAUCAUAGAUCGGAAUAUGCACUGCCUUGAGAUGGCCUAAUGCGCAGGCCUUUCUUCUUCGAAUUUUGUGACACUUGGCACUGUUCAUACAAACGAGCUCCCAUCGAUAUCUGAUUAAUAUUUUGUAGCAUUAAGUUUGUAUCUGUUAUGGCACAGAAAAUAAAAGUAUUUUGUCUUAAUGAAUAUUUAAAAUGAUUAAAAUAUUAAAAUUAUUGGAUUAUUUAGCUAAUAUGUUAGCCAAUUACGUAUUUUCAUUUGAAUAAUUUACAUGCUUUAUUAUGCAAUAUUUUAUAAGCCAUUUGUAUUAUUAUUAUAUACAUGUAUAAAUUAUAUUUUAAUUAUAAAAUUUAUUACACAGGUAUAAACAAUUAGUAGAAAUCAUUAGCAGACUGUGAUUAUAGCUUGCGGCAUUAUAAGCUUUACUUCAAUAUUGUUUACCUUUAAAAACAAUGUUUAAUCUUUCUUAUUCCAAGCGCAUAUGUAUCUCGCGGUUACCGCAAAUUGUUAAAAGAUGGAAAUCGACAAAUUAUAGCAAUUAAUUCAUAUCCAUAUAUCUUGUCAUAUUUUAAUAAUAUUCACACAAAGAGAUUACCUUUUCACAUCAUUUUUAUAUUUCAAUGCAAAUAAAUCAAAUACAGUUACAUGCAAAACUUCAGAAAAUCAAAAUUAUAACUCUUAUUAAUUAGUAGAAAUAAGAUAUAUAAAAAUGUAUUAUAUAUAUA